AUGUCUUCCAUAGAAAUCGAACCUAUCGAAUCCAUGGCAGAUGACCUUAUACAACAAACCAUCUAUAACCAAAACCAAAACCAACAAUUCCAAGCUCUCCAUUUCUCAAAUCAUAACAACCAUGGAUCAACCCAAAAUAAUGAUGAUGAUAAUAACGGCAAUGAUGAUGAUGAUGAUGAUGAUGAUGAUGAUGACGACUCUUUAACCCUUAAAUCACAUUACUAUGAUCUCCCAAAAAACCUCCGACCAAACUACCGCCUACUCCUCGCAGGACUUACCCUCUACGUCACAGCUUACUUUGCAAGUAUGCCUUCCAUCAUUGAUGCCCUAGUCUACAUGGUCUGUCGUCAAACCCCAUCAUCAUCAUCAUCCUACCCUUCUCUUUCUUCAGAUCCAUCCAUGCUCAUUCUCGCAAACCCUCAAAAUAGAUAUACAGAUCCACGCUGUUUUGGUCCAAACAUCUCGGCAGCUGUUGGCAUUUUCCAAUCUUAUCAAUCAAUGAUUAGCGCCAUUUUUGGAACAAUCACUAUCCCUAUGCUCUCAUCCCUCUCAGAUCGCGUGGGCCGUAAACCCUUAAUCCUUUGGACUGCUUCUUGUUCCCUUGCACAUAUGUCAAUCAUCCUCGCUUGUACCCUCUUUAACAUUAACUAUAACUAUAUGCUCUUAGGAUCCGUCAUUGAGGGACUCGGAGGAAGUACCACCAUGGUCUCCAUUCUUUCGGCAUCCUACAUCUCCGAUUGUAUUAAAGAAAACCAUCGUGCUCCCAUUUUCUCCAUUAGCGAAGCCUUGUUUUAUGGAUCCAUGGCUUUGGGCCCCUUUCUCGGUAGUGUUUUCCUUUCCUGGCUUGACCACCGUAUCACAGGACUCUUUGGUAUUUCUAUUUUUGCCCAGUUUUUGUUUCUGUGCUUGGUAUAUUUUGCCCUUCCUGAAUCUCGCACUAUAAGUUCCCUUACCGCCUCUUCAAUCCGCUUUAACAAUUCCCGUAGAUGUGGGUCUUCAAAUCCCAAAUCUUUGGUCUGGCAGUCUUUAAAUGCUCUUAAAGACUCACUCAUUCUCCCACUUAAAGCUUUUGCCCUCCCACAUAUUCCACGCUCGCAGCCGCGCACACGGCUGAAUGUGUAUAUUCUACUCAGCACUCAAUCCAUGCUCAUGGAAGUUGUUAUGUGUGUCAUGCCCUUGUUGUUUCUCUAUGUCAAAACUGUUUUUUCCUGGACUUCAGUGGAAACUGGUUACUUUGUGUCAAUUUUAGGUGUAUCAAAGUUUGUUGGUCUUGCAGUCUUGUUCCCUCCAUUGUUGCGAUACCUUCGUAACCAUUAUGACCACUCAGCAACCCGUGUUGACCGUUCAGAUGUACUAGUGUUGCGUUGUGGUCUCGCCAUUCUUUCCACUCUUUAUUUGUUACUUGCAGAAGCUCCAUCGGGUCAUGUUUUCCUAGGACUUGCUGUUGUAUUUAUGUUACCUAGUGUGAAUUCACCAGUAUUGCGCAAUGCACUCAUUAAGCAUGCCGAUCACGACCAUGUAGGCUCUUUAUUAGGGUUGUCGCAAUUUAUUUCGCGUGCAGUAUCGAUUGUAUUGCCUCUAGGAUUAGCAGCCGUAUACCGCGCAAGUGUAGGGAUGCGACCUCAGCUGGUUCUGGAGGUUGCUUCUGGGGUUGUUGGUAUGAUUUUUUUGAGUAUUAACUUUUUAGCAGUUGAUAAUGAAGAAGAAGAAAAGAAAGAUGAAGAGGAAGAUGAGUUUUGA